AGGAGACGAUACUUUUUCCAUUUAUAAAUCCUUUUUUUUUUCUAAUUUGAUUACUCGAACUUUACUUUUGUUAAGUUUAGUUGGUUUGCUAAGCUGCCAAACGAAAAGCCCGGUAUAUUAGAUUGCUAUUUAACCGGAUAUUAUUAGGAUUAAACCGAUUAUGAAUGAGUCGUUGCCGUAAUUUAACGGGCCGAUCAAGUGUCUCGUCGUGGUCUCAACUACUCUCAAUGUAUAAGAUUGGUCGUGUUCUGCGUUUCAGUAGUCGUCCUCUUCCAACUUGUAUAACAUUGAGCACCUUCCCCAGAUUUUCACCUCUUUCUGCUCUCAUGGAUGCUUCUAAUCUCGGUUCUUCCAGCAAACCUGCCUUCUCUUCCUUCUCUCAAUCCAGCAGAAGCGGCGGUAGAGGAAGAGGUAACGAGAGAGAUAAUGAUCGUCGGCGACCUCAGGGUCGUGGCGGCAGAGGAGGAGGAGGCAAAGAUAAAAUCGAUGCACUUGGAAGACUCUUGACGAGAAUCUUGCGACACAUGGCUACUGAGCUGAGACUGAACAUGAGAGGCGAUGGCUUUGUUAAAGUCGAAGACUUGCUUCAGCUGAAUCUGAAAACAUCCGCAAACAUUCAGUUGAAGUCUCAUACCAUUGAUGAGAUCAGAGAGGCAGUGAGAAGGGAUAAUAAGCAACGUUUUAGCCUCGUUGAAGAGAAUGGAGAUCUCUUUAUUCGCGCUAACCAAGGCCACUCUAUCACGACGGUUGAAUCUGAAAAGUUACUUAAACCAAUACUGUCACCGGAAGAAGCUCCAGUUUGUGUGCAUGGAACUUAUAAGAAGAAUUUGGAAUCCAUCUUGGCAUCGGGGUUAAAGCGUAUGGAUAGACUCCAUGUUCACUUUUCUUGUGGCUUACCUACAGAUGGUGAAGUGAUUAGUGGCAUGAGAAGGAAUGUUAAUGUCUUGAUCUUCCUUGACAUCAAGAAAGCUCUUGAAGAUGGGAUUGCGUUCUACAUUUCAGACAACAAGGUGAUUCUGACUGAAGGUGUUGAUGGUGUAGUGCCUGUUGAGUAUUUCCAAAAGAUCGAGUCUUGGCCUAGUCGGCAACCAAUUCCUUUCUGAUUUUUUAUUAUGGACGACAACAGUGACUUAUGAGAUGUACAAUUAUCACCACUUAAUCUCGUUUCUGCAAUUGUUUUCUUUUUUUAUAAAUCAAUCAUGUUUUUAUCUCUUC